CCGUUCGUCCUUCUCACAAGUCUGAUUGCGGAAAAAGCAGAGAGAGAGAGAAAGUUCGAGCGGAAGAGAAGCGGAAAGCUCGAGGAGUCAUCAAUGGUGACGGACGAUAGCAACUCCUCUGGACGAAUCAAGUCUCAUGUAGAUGAUGAUGAUGAUGGUGAAGAAGAAGAAGAUAGACUCGAGGGUUUGGAAAACAGAUUAAGUGAGCUUAAAAGGAAAAUUCAAGGAGAAAGAGUUAGGUCUAUUAAAGAGAAAUUUGAGGCUAAUAGAAAGAAAGUGGAUGCUCAUGUUUCUCCCUUUUCAUCUGCUGCAUCGAGCCGAGCUACCGCAGAGGAUAAUGGAAAUAGCAAUAUGCUUUCUUCGAGAAUGAGAAUGCCACUCUGCAAGUUAAAUGGUUUUUCUCAUGGUGUGGGAGAUAGAGACUAUGUUCCUACUAAGGAUGUUAUAUCAGCAAGUGUCAAGCUUCCUAUUGCUGAGAGAAUACCGCCAUACACUACCUGGAUAUUUUUGGACAGAAAUCAAAGAAUGGCUGAAGAUCAGUCUGUGGUUGGUCGAAGACAAAUCUACUAUGAACAACAUGGUGGUGAGACGCUAAUAUGCAGCGAUAGUGAGGAAGAACCAGAACCUGAGGAGGAAAAACGUGAAUUUUCCGAGGGUGAAGAUUCCAUUAUAUGGUUAAUUGGGCAGGAGUAUGGCAUGGGUGAGGAAGUGCAGGAUGCCCUUUGCCAGUUGCUAAGCGUAGAUGCUUCUGAUAUCCUGGAAAGAUACAAUGAGCUCAAGUUGAAGGAUAAGCAGAAUACCGAGGAAUUUUCUAAUUCCGGAUUCAAGCUGGGAAUAUCUCUGGAAAAGGGCCUUGGUGCAGCUCUAGAUUCUUUUGAUAAUCUUUUCUGCCGCCGUUGCUUGGUAUUUGACUGUCGUCUGCAUGGAUGUUCUCAGCCUUUGAUUAGUGCUAGUGAAAAACAGCCUUAUUGGUCUGAUUAUGAAGGUGAUAGGAAACCCUGCAGCAAACAUUGUUACCUCCAGCUCAAGGCGGUCAGAGAAGUACCAGAAACAUGCAGUAAUUUUGCAUCUAAAGCAGAAGAGAAAGCUUCAGAAGAGGAAUGCAGCAAGGCUGUCUCCUCUGAUGUUCCCCAUGCUGCUGCUAGUGGUGUCAGUCUGCAAGUUGAGAAGACUGAUAUUGGUAUCAAGAAUGUAGAUUCAUCCUCUGGUGUAGAACAAGAGCAUGGAAUUAGAGGAAAGCGUGAGGUCCCAAUUCUAAAAGACUCCAAUGAUCUGCCUAAUUUAUCGAACAAGAAACAGAAGACCGCAGCCUCAGAUACAAAAAUGUCAUUUGUUAAUUCUGUCCCUAGCUUAGAUCAGGCAUUGGAUAGCACAAAGGGUGAUCAAGGUGGAACAACUGACAAUAAAGUAAACAGAGACUCAGAAGCUGAUGCAAAAGAAGUAGGUGAGCCUAUUCCAGACAAUUCGGUCCAUGAUGGUGGUUCCUCAAUUUGUCAGCCACACCAUGGUAGUGGAAACGGAGCAAUAAUCAUUGCAGAAAUGUCUGAGACAAGUCGACCAUCUACAGAGUGGAAUCCUAUCGAGAAGGAUCUUUACUUGAAGGGAGUCGAAAUCUUUGGAAGAAACAGCUGUCUUAUUGCAAGAAACCUGCUUUCUGGCUUGAAGACAUGCCUAGAUGUGUCCAAUUACAUGCGUGAAAACGAAGUUUCAGUUUUUCGAAGAUCUAGUACCCCAAAUUUGCUGUUGGAUGAUGGCAGGACUGACCCAGGGAAUGAUAAUGAUGAGGUGCCUCCAAGGACAAGAUUGUUCCGUAGAAAAGGCAAAACCCGGAAGCUAAAAUACUCUACAAAGUCUGCUGGUCAUCCGUCUGUCUGGAAAAGAAUAGCUGGUGGCAAAAACCAGUCCUGUAAACAAUACACGCCGUGUGGAUGCCUGUCAAUGUGCGGAAAGGAUUGCCCUUGUCUAACUAAUGAAACUUGCUGCGAGAAAUAUUGCGGGUGCUCAAAAAGCUGUAAAAAUCGUUUCCGAGGAUGUCAUUGUGCAAAGAGUCAAUGCAGAAGUAGGCAGUGUCCCUGCUUUGCUGCUGGCAGAGAAUGUGAUCCAGAUGUUUGCAGAAAUUGCUGGGUUAGUUGUGGAGAUGGUUCUCUCGGUGAAGCACCAAGACGCGGAGAAGGGCAAUGCGGAAACAUGAGACUUCUCCUGAGGCAACAACAGAGGAUCCUAUUGGGAAAGUCUGAUGUUGCUGGAUGGGGUGCUUUUCUAAAGAACUCGGUCAGCAAAAAUGAAUACCUUGGAGAAUACACCGGUGAAUUGAUCUCACACCAUGAGGCGGAUAAGCGUGGGAAAAUAUAUGACCGGGCAAAUUCGUCCUUCCUCUUUGACUUGAAUGAUCAGGUGACCAAAUCUCUCACCCUUCUUUCUGAUAGUUUCCUCUUGAAUUUCGCAUAUGUCAGUAAGCUUUUGAUAUUUGCAGUACGUCCUCGAUGCUCAACGCAAAGGUGACAAGCUGAAAUUUGCCAAUCACUCAGCUAAACCCAAUUGCUACGCUAAGGUACUAAAUGCUUCUCUCUCAUAUCCAUUUUGGUAUGAAAAAACCACAUGAUCGGUUAGUAAUUAUACCUUCUUUCUCACCUCUAGCCACUCAAAAGUUCCAUUUAGAAGGAGGACUAGGAUUAUAACAUUUUGUAGAAACUAAUCGCAAUUAGCACUAUAGAAAACAGAUGAUCAAAUCUAGCUUUGUAGGUUAUGAUCAAAACACACUUGUUUCUACAAUCUUUAUGAUUGUAAUGUGUAAAGUAACAUGUGUAUAUCAUCUGCUAGAUUUAUUCAACCCUUUUCGAAAGGUGUUAAUUAUUUACAAAAAAGAGCGAUUUUCAGUCUAUUGUCGUAGUAACCAUGGUCUCAUCGCUUCCCGCAUAAGUACGGUGUCUUUUUCUGUGUGGUGUAGGUGAUGUUUGUAGCAGGAGAUCACAGGGUCGGGAUUUUUGCAAACGAACGAAUAGAAGCUAGCGAAGAGCUUUUCUAUGACUAUAGAUAUGGACCAGACCAAGCACCAGUGUGGGCUCGCAAACCUGAAGGCUCCAAGAAAGAUGAUUCAGCCAUUACUCAUCGUAGAGCCAGAAAGCACCAAUCUCAUUGAUGAUUACUGGCUAAGAGAAGUAACUUUUAUAAAAAUAACUUAUAGAGUUGUGAGAGAUGAUAUUUGAAGUUUGAUAACUUAAGCUUGUCUUUAUUAAUUAAUUAUUAUAGAGUUGAGAUUUUAUUUUAUUUUGACAUCGAGUUUGGACUUUGUAUAGGUGAUAAAACAAUUUAUGAAUUAUUGGGGUCAAUAAGUAAAAAUGUAUCAUUUCGAAA